AUGCCAUGUGAAGGCUGCAUGGAGAAGGACAAUAUGAGCACUGGUGCAACCAUGGAGUUCCUCCUGCUUGGCUUCUCUGAGCUGCUCUGUCUGCGGGUCCUCCUCUUCCUUUUUUUUCUCAUUCUUCAUUUGGUCACGUUGGCAGGGAAUAUGAUGGUCUUCAUGGCAGUGGUUAUGGAGCCUUCACGUCCCCCCAUGCUUUUCUUCCUCUGCCAGCUCUCUGCCAUCGAGCUCUGCUAUACCCUAGUCAUUGUCCCUAAGGCACUCCUCAGCCUGAUAGUGGUGGACGGCAGCACCAUUUCUUUCAUAGGCUGUGCUGCACAGAUGCACCUUUUUGUCACACUCGGUGGGGCUGAAUGCUUCCUCCUGGUAGCCAUGUCCUAUGACCGCUACGUUGCCAUCUGCCAGCCCCUUCACUACACGGCUGUGAUGAGCGAAGGGUUCUGCCUCAGGCUGGCUGUGGUGUGCUGCCUGGGAGCCUUUGCUGUUGCCCUGGGGUUGACAGUGGCUGUUUUCCGCUUACCUUUCUGUCAGUCUCGUCAUAUCAACCACUUUUUCUGUGAUGUCCCUGCUGUGCUGCACCUGGCCUGUACACAGAACUACACCCCCGAGCUGCCCUUGCUGGCUGCCUGCGUGCUUCUCCUGCUGCUCCCCUUCCUCCUAAUCCUGACCUCGUAUAUCUGCAUUGCUGCGGCUUUGUUACCUGUCACCUCCUCUGUGGGAAAGGGCAAGGCCUUUUCCACCUGCGUUUCACACCUGGCCAUCACCUUAUUACACUACGGAUCUGCCACUUUCAUUUACAUUCGUCCUAAGUCCAGUUACUCACCAGCUCGAGACAAGGUGGUAUCUCUGGUCUACACCAACAUUACUCCACUAUUGUAUCCCCUCAUUUAUAGCCUGAGGAACAAGGAAAUCAGAGGGAUCCUCAGGAAAAUGUUGAGAAGGAAGAAAAUAGCUCAGCUGAACUGUGAUAUAAUCAGAGUUGAGAUGUGUGUGUGUGGUAAAUUUUAG